AUGGUUCCGUACACUACACUUCGCAAUGUACAUCUCCGAUUACAGCAGUUUAAGACGAAUGAUAAUUUCUUCGGCGGUGUUAAUAUCCUACUGUUUGGAGACCUGAUGCAAUUGCCUCCCGUAUCCAAAUCGGCUGGCGGCGCGUACUGCUUUAAGCAACCGCAGAUGUUGGAGUCCGAGGUUCAAGUUAUGCUGCGAAAGAAUUUAAAUGUUGGCCACGGCUUAGUCAACGGAGCUACGGGAGUCGUUAAGAAAAUCGAAUUGCCUGCCCUGCGCUGUGACCAGCUCGAGCCCGGGGAGCUGCCUCAAGCUGUCUUCCUGCAAGGGACUACGCUGGACAAAGCUGUCGUCGAUUUUGGCAGCAAAAUCUUUGCCAAAGGUCAGGCGUACGUCGCACUAAGUCGCGUUAGGCAAUUAGAAGGUCUGGCAAUUCGCUUCCUGGGACCCAGAAAACUUAUCAAGGACCCUUAUGAUAAAAAAUCUCUUGAAGAACUAGUUUGCCUGAGGAAUCUUCAUAACUCCUAAAUCCAUUAAGGUAGUUUAUCUGUGUCACUAAAAGGUAUUAAAUAAAUAAAAUAAUUAAAAAAUU